GAAUACGCCAACAGGAAACGUCUAAGUUUUUCUUACCAUAACGCAGUUUACAUUUGUAGGGAAGACCUGCGUUAUCUGGAGCAAUGGAGCGUGGUGUAACCUUAUGUUGUCGCGCAUUAUGGAAUGUUUUCAACAUCUGUCUGUCUGUACAUUCUGUAACAGUUUAGCAUCGCUGCAACAUUUUUACAAAGCCACGUGAUUUUAACUCAACACAAGGAUUUGUAGAUGUAUUCAAGGGCAAGAUAGCACUAAUUCGACGAAGAGGAACAUGGUGAAUAAAGAGGAGUUGGAGGAGCGACUCAAAAAGUUACUAGUGCGGCUAAGUAAUAUACAGGAGGGGAAACAAUUAAGUACCAUGGUGCAGAUCAUGGAGGAUCUGCUCUUUCUGGCGCACACGGAUGGUUGUGCUGCUGAACUCUUUGAAGGCAAAAAUGCACACAUGCCACUGCUGAUAGUGUUGUUAUCGUAUACCAGCAGUAAGGGAGUACAGCAGGCAGGGUGGUCACUGCUUUGCAAGCUGGUAGAAAUAUGUCCUACAACCCUGGAGAAGUUGGCCCAACCUUUGGCUUUAUCAAAGGAAUGGGAGGUUUUGGGGGUUCACCAGCAGAUUCUUAAGGUGCUGGCCAUGCAUAUCACAGACUGUGGGGUCUUUACGGUAACAUUGCGAGCCUUGGCACAUCUUCUCAGAUCACCUGACAUACUGCUGCAGGUUCUGGAAGAAGAUGUGGAUGUGUUUGACCUGAUCGUAGAAGGGAUGAAGUCUUUUCCAGGUAGUGAAGAGCUGCAAUUGCAGGGCUGUCGGGCAUUGCAAGUGCUUCUCGAAAGAGUUUCAGAUGAGCACCUGGUGGACUUUGUGGACAGACAGGAUCACAGUGUGGUGGUGAGAGCAGCUCACGAGUUCCGGGACAAUGAGGACCUGCUCCUGCACGCCCUUCGAGUGCUGCUGCCCCUGGCUGACCCCCCCAGUAAUGUGGAGAUCCUCAUGUCCAAAAAGGAGAGGUGCUACUCCCUCAUCAGUCACUCCAUGCUCUCGUUUCCCCACUCGGAAGCCUUGCAGGAGGUUGGCUGCUGCCUGCUUCAAAAGUUCACCUCAGAGAGUUACUACAACAUACUGGUACUGAAUGGAAUACAUGGAGUCACAGUGACAGCGUGCCUCACUUACCCAGAAAAUGCAACACUACAAGCAUCUGCCCUAACCUGCCUGGCUGCCCUCACAAAAACGAUUGUGCUGAACAAAGGGCUUGAGAAUGCGACGGGUGAGGAGGAGGAGGAGGAGGAGGGCGAGGCGGAGAGGCAUCAGAUGAAGGGGGAAGAGGGUGGAGACCUGUGCUGGAUGGAGGCGAGUUGCAGAGCUCUGGAGCUUCACACAGCAGAUGCUGCAGUACAGCAGGCGGCAUGCUUGGCACUGAACAGCCUGCUGAUACAUGGCAGUGGACUCAUGUGGGAUCAUGUUUGUGAGGAGGAGGAGGGGAGGAGUCCAGUCCAGAGGAAGAUCAUGGCAGCCAUGCUGCUGCACUCCAACUGUGUGGGAGUGUUCCAGGCAACUGCUGUUACUCUCUGCAAUCUCAUUCAGCUUAACGGUAAAAUCCGAGGACAGCUGCUGUCCCAUGGCAUCCAUUUCAACGUUGUGGAGAUUAUGAAGCUGCACAUACAUUCUACUAGAGUGUCCAGCAGUGGUUGUAGAUUGCUCAAGCAGCUCUUUCAGGGAUGGAGGGCAAGUUUAGAUGAGGCCACCAUGGCUAUGAAUCUGAUCUUAAAAGCUAUGGUGAAGCAUAACUUUCAACUACAAGUUCAGUUAGAUGGUCUACAAGCCAGCCUAACGUUCCUAAGCCCAGACAGGAGUUUGCAGGAGCAUGGCAUGUCUGUGGCGGAUCCGGAUGCAGAGGACGUGUCUCUGAGGGUUCUGAAGAAUCAGUGUGUGCUAGAGGGAGCUCACACAGUCUACCUGGAGGCUCUCAACAGAUUCAUCAGCAACAAAGACAUUCAGGAGUACGGCCUUUGUGUCCUCUCUGAGCUGGCCGGCUGCUCGGGGGCCGUUGACCUCAUGUGCCAACAAGGGGCCAUUGAUACAGUCCUACAUACACUACAGAUGUUUCCAAGGAAACGUGAAAUCCACUAUUGGGGGUUAAGCCUCCUGGUCUACCUCAUCAGCAAAAAGAAGCUCUCUCGCACAAUCGUUCCUGUCCUGGCCUCGGUGCUCGUGCAGUCUAUGCGGCAGUACAUGGAGGAUGGAGAGAUGCGAAUGAAAGGUUUCAGGGUAGCAUGGAAACUGAUGGACACCUGCUCUGCUGCAGCGGCUGCGCUCGAGAGUGAAAACUUUGCCAGGGAGAUCUUUGAUCAGCUGAGGCAACACUCCUCAGAACAACGUAGCGAUUCUCUGCACAGGUUGAGCUGCCUGUGCUUGUCUAAGAUGGUGGCUGAUGGCGAGAUUAAGUACACCGUGCUGGAGAAGGCCUGUGAAGCGGAGGAUCUGCUCAUGGCUGAAUGCCUCAUACUGCUGGGAGCCGACAUCAACAAGAAAACCAAAACAGAGUCCCUCAUAUACCAGGUGUGUGAGCGUGGCGGGCCACUGGCUCUGGUGGAGCUGCUGCUGAGUGCGGGCGUUCACGAGCAGCACUUGCGGGGAGCUCUGGGCACGGUCGUGAGGCGAGGGGAUGGCCCUGUGGUCAUCCUGCUGCUGGGCCGCCUGGGCCUGGACCUCAACAACAGUGCGCUCUGCCUGGGGGGCUUCAGGCUGGGCCGCCUGGAGGCUGCCUGGCUCAGCCCUCUCCUGUCCGAGCGCAGAGUUCCUCCCAGUGGCCACAGGAGGAACUGUAAAGGCCAAAGUUUAGCUCGACAGAUCCAGUUACUCCAAAAGAAGAAAGGAACUGUGGGCUCACCAGGAAUGCUGAAUGACCUCUCCGGGUACCUUUCAGGGGAAGAGAGUGAUGACUCCAGUCACAUCUCUCUUGAAGACAGCCUUGUCUUUACCUUUGAGGACAUAGAGAGUGAUGGAAGUGAAGGAGCCCACAGUGUUCUGAAGCUCUGUUGUGAUUCGCCGGAGGAGCAGAGGGCCAGGUCAACACCAAGACAAAACGGCCGACCCAGACACAACAGCUCUGAGGGAGGCCAAGUAGAGUCAGACUCGCAGGAGUUUUUACACAAGAAGCUUAAUAGACACUUGCAGAAUCACAGAGUACUUAACUCUGGUGAGAGCCCCUCUCCCUCCCUGUCGGGUGGAGACCGAGAGCACAUCCGCCUGCUGGACCUGUCCGGGAAUGAGCUGGACAGCCUGAGCUGUCUGAUGGACAGCCUCACAGUCCAGAAGCAGCUAGAGUAUCUGCAACGCCUGGACCUGAGUCAGAACGCCCUGACCAAGUUCCCCAGCUCCCUGUGUGAGUGUCUCAGGAGACUGACUCGUUUGGAUCUCCAAGGCAAUCAACUACAGUCACUGCCAGCCCAAAUCCUGGGCUUGCCGGCUCUGAGCGUGCUCAACGUGUCACGGAACUGUGUGGGCCCAGUGUUAACCUUUGACCCUGCGGUCUGCUGUCCGACUUUGCGACAGCUUAAUCUGUCCUUCAACCACAUCACCACCUUCCCGAGCCAGCUCGGCUACGUCAUGACACGACUGGAGGAGUUCUUUCUUGAGGGGAACCAGAUCAGUGCUCUAUCUGGUCCCCUCUGUCUAUCUGAACUGAAAGUUCUCGAUGUGAGUAAGAACAGUAUAGAACUCAUCUCCAGUGACUGCCUGUCUGAGUGCCCCAGACUGGAGACUCUGAAUGCCUCCAUGAACAAACUCAGUUCUUUGUCACACCUUCCCACAAAACUAACUACUCUAAAGUUUUCAAACAAUGACUUCACAGUUGUACCUGAUGUCAUUGUGAAUUUGCCAAAUUUACAAUCUGUGGACAUGAAGAACAAUCAGAUCUCCGUCUUGCCUGGACCAUCUGCAUGGGCAUCUGUGAAUCUCCGAGAGAUCAUGUUCAGUCACAAUCAGAUCGCCGCGCUGGACCUGAGUGGACCAGCCUACAAAUGGGCUCGGGUAGAGAAGCUCCAUCUGUGUAACAACAAGCUUACUGAGAUUCCUCCACAGAUUGGCCUGCUGGAGGAGCUCACGUCUCUAGAUGUAAGCCGGAAUAGCGGCCUGCGGUCCUUCCCGGAUGAAAUGGGAAAACUGGGGCGGCUGUGGGACCUGCCCCUGGAUGGGCUGAAACUCCAACUGGACCUGAAACACAUCGGGAACAAAACCAAAGACAUUGUCAGAUUUCUGCAACAGCGGCUGAAGAAGGCGGUGCCCUACCACCGCAUGAAGCUAGUGGUGGUGGGCAAUGGGCAGAGUGGGAAGACCUCGCUCAUGCAGCAGCUGAUGAGGCUGAAGAGGGUGCAGGGGCACCAGGGGCCGAGCCCCGCCAGCAUCCACGUCAGGGACUGGAGCAUCCGCGAGCGCGACAAAAAGAACAUGGUGCUCAACGUGUGGGACUUCUCAGGUGGAGAGGAGUAUAGCGAGUCGAAUCCUCAUUUUAUGGGUCCUCGUGCACUCUACCUUGUGGUUUACGAUGUCAGCAAGGGUGUGAGUGAGGUGGAUGCCAUCAAACCCUGGCUCUUCAACAUCAAAGCGGUGGCCCCCCUGUCCCCUGUGAUUCUGGUGGGGACUCACAAAGACAAGUGUGACGAGCGACAGAAGGAGGAGUGUUUUGAGAAGGUGCGGGAGGAGUUGAUUGGACAGCCAGGGUUCCCAAUUAUCCGGGAUUAUCACGUGGUUUCCAUCUUUGAUGACGCAGACUCUGUCAACAGACUCCGGAAAGCCAUUGUCAGGGAGGUGGUUAACUUUAAGAUCCAGGGCCAGCAUGUGAUGGGCCAGCUGGUGCCGGACUCUUAUGUGGAGCUGGAGCGGAGGUUGCUGCGGGAGCGUGAGCUUGUGGUCCCGGAGUUCCCCGUGCUCACGCACCGCCACCUGCUGCAGAUGAUCCAGGACAGCCAGCUGCAGCUGGAGGAAGCGGAGCUACCACACGCCAUCAGCUUCCUCAGCGAGACCGGGAUACUCCUGCAUUUUGAUGACCCUGCCCUGCAGCUUGGGGAGAUCUACUUCAUAGACCCUCAAUGGCUUUGCAAUAUUAUCUCACAGACCCUGGGCCUGAAGAUCUGUAGUGGUGGGGAGCAUCUGAGGGGAGUGGUUCAGCGCGCUGUUCUGGAGGUGUUUCUCACGGAGAGCCGCAGUUUCCCCAAGAGCCUCCUGACUCAGUACCUCAAACUGCUGGAGAAAUUUCAGAUCGCUCUCCCUCUUGGCCAGGACCAGUUCCUGGUUCCUAACAGUCUAUAUGAGGAGAAACCCAUCUUUGAUCUGCCUCACUGUGAGCACUCGGAGGUCAUCAUCCGACUCUACGAGAUGCCCUACUUUCCCAUGGGCUACUGGUCCAGACAGAUCAACCGUCUCCUGGAGGUCUCUCCAUUCAUGCUGUGUGGAAGAGAGAGGGUUCUGAAACCCAACCGAUUGUACUGGAGGAGGGGCAUCUACCUGAGUUGGUCCCCAGAGGCCUACUGCCUAGUAGAGGCUGAUGCCGUGGAAAAUGGCCCAGCCAACGUCAUAAAGAUCACUGUUCCCUGCUCUCGCAAAGGUCGUGUUUUACUUGGGCAAGUGGUGGACCACAUUGACUCCUUGUUGGAGGAGUGGUUCCCUGGUCUUCUCACCACAGACAUCCAUGGGAAUGGAGAGACCCUGCUGAAGAAGUGGGUUUUGUACAGCUUUGAUGAUGGACAAGAGUGCAACAGGAUGCUGCUUGAGGAAGUGCUCAACCACAUAGAUGAAGACUGCCUGUUGGUGAAUUCAGAGGACUCCCGCUGCACUGUGCCCAUCGCUCAGAUCUCCCCUGACCUCAUUCUGAGUGACCAGCCUGCCAGCACAAUGCUCAACAGUGAGGUGCUCGAGAUGGACCUUUCCAAAGAGUAUCUUCUGGGAGAUGGAGGUUUUGGCUCAGUUUAUAGAGCCAUUUACAAGAAUGAAGAUGUUGCGGUCAAGAUCUUCAACAAGCAUGCAUCAGACCUCUACAUCCACCGACUGGUCAGACAGGAGUUGGCCGUACUGGGCCGCCUGCACCACCCCAGUCUGGUGAGUCUGCUGGCCGCCGGGAUCCUCCCCCGCCAUGUGCUGGUCAUGGAGUUGGCCCCGCUCGGCUCACUGGACUCACUCUUUGAGCAUGAAAACUGCAGCCUGAACCGCAAGCUCCAGCAUAGGAUCGCCUUACAGGUGGCCGAUGGCCUGAGAUAUUUGCACUCCUCCAUGAUCAUUUACCGAGACCUGAAACCCCAUAAUGUGCUUCUGUUCAACCUGAAGACAGACUCUGAGAUCAUUGCCAAGAUCACUGACUAUGGCAUUUCCCAGUACUGCUGCAGCAUGGGCGUCAGAAGCUCUGAGGGAACACCAGGUUUCCGUGCACCUGAAGUUGCCCGUGGUGGAGUGAUCUAUAACCUGCAGGCAGAUGUGUUUUCCUUCGGUCUGCUGCUGUAUGACCUCCUGACUUGCGGAGAGCGCAUCGCUGACGGCAUGAAGUUCCCCAGCGAGUUUGAUGAGAUAGCGGUACAGGGCAAACUACCAGACCCGGUGAAGUACUACGGCUGCUCCCCGUGGCCAGGCUUCCAGAUUCUGAUGAAGGACUGCCUGAAGGAGAGCCCACAGGACAGGCCCACCUCAGCACAGGUGUUUGACAGGCUGAACUCAGGGGAGAUGCUGUGUCUGAUGACUGAGGUGACCGUGUACGGGAUGCCCUCAGAGUGCUUCACUCUCUCCGGAGACCAGGGCUCACAGGUGUGGCUGGGUGGAGGGAGCUGCACCCAGAGACUUGGCUGCAUCUCCUCAGUGGAUCUACAGUCUGAGAAAUCCUCUUCUCAGGAGGUUGACAGUAGCCCAGUGCUGUGUGUGGUGAGUGUGCGGAUCCCUGGAGAGCCCUGCGACUGGCUCGUGGCAGGAACACAGGCUGGCUCACUUAUUGUCAUCGACACUAGUAACCCCUCCAGUUUUCAUCAUCUCCAGAAGGCGUCAGACGCUGUGACGUCAUUGUUUUUUCACACACACACACCACGCAGUGGUUUGAAGAAUUACCUGUUGAUUGGGACUGCAGAUGGAAUGCUGGUUAUAUAUGAAGAUUCAGUGUUGAAGCACAAGAAUGGGGCACCUGUGAAGACGGUUCAGGUGGGGAAUGUCAACACCCCGCUGGUCAGUCUUUGUCAGUCCACUCACUCGCAGGACAGGAGCACAGUCUGGGCAGGCUGUGGCACCAGGGUGCUCUCCCUCACUACCGACUACGACGUCUGGAAAACCAUAGACACAAAACACAGGCAACUGACUCAGAAGCAACAUUGUGGAGUAAGCAGUGACACAAAUGUAUCGCGACUGGUGGUGGACAAGCAUGUGUUCCUGAGCAAAGUUGGAGGCCAGGUGGUGGAGGUCUGGGACAAGAAGAGUGAUAAGACCAUUGACCUCAUUGACUGCGCUCAGUUACUUCGACCGAACGCCUGCCGUAAGCCUAGAAGAGCCAGCUCGGACGUGUUUGGGGAGAUGGAGCCAUCUUGGGCCACUGUAAAAGCUUUGUUGGUGCAGCACAGCACCACACUAUGGAUCGGAACCAGAGCUGGACACAUCCUGCUGGUGGAACUGACCAACAGGCAACUACUGCAGGCCAUCAGUCUCCACUGCCACUCUGUCCGGAGCAUGGCAUCUGUGCUGAUCGAAACGCUCAACAGGAAAAGUGUUGUGAUGGUACUGGGGAAACGGCAACGACUGGCCCAAGAUCAAGUCAGGAAUCAGUGUGAUGAAGACUCUGUACUGAUGGUUUGGAACAGCACCCUCCCCCUUGAAGUGAAAGACUUAAGUAGGCAUUGUGAGCUAAGGGAGGAAAUCACAGCCAAGAUGAGAGAACAGCUCUUCGACUGAACCUGCGUUGCACUUACCCCCCACCCCCCAACUUCAAAAGCCAAAAAUAUUACGACACAAUUAUCAUCAGGGAUGGCCGUGUAGCCUAUUCUGUUGCCUGAUUUUCACUAAAGUAUUGGGGGGAAAGGGACAUGAAUAAUCUGAAUAUAAUCAAGGGAAACCACUCGAUAUCUUUCUUUGCAUGUCUGCCAAACAAACUUUAUUUUACUGCAUGGGGAUGGAUUCUGGAGUGUCUAACUUCAGUUAGCCUAUGUUCUCUUGUGCAAACAGGUUGUGUGAAUGUAUCACUUGGAUUUUAUUUUAUUUUAUUUCAUCACACAUGAACAUUCAAAAGGGAUGAUAAAGUAACUAUUUAUGCUGGAUUCUCCUAGCACUUGCAAUCAAACUGGAAACCCCUUUUGAUACUUCUUAACGAUUUUAUUUUAUUUAUUGAAGUGUGGUCCAACAUGCCACGGAAACAGAUUGUAAUAUGAGACUGUUUGUAUUAAAAUUGCAGUGUUGUGCUA